AGUCACACCGGGCUGCUGUUAGCACUUGAUGAAGUUGCGUGCGAGAGUCCUCGCCGGGCCGUGACUCACUCAUUCAGGCUUAGCCUACAAAAGCCCUGGAGUCAGCAGCAACAAGCUGUACAUAGACUUGUGAUUACGAAAGCCAUCUUCACACAGUGGAACUCGCCUGCGAACGGAUAUGGAUCAGUAUGACGACCACAGCGCCCAACCUCAAAACGCGCAAAAGCCGCAUAGUGUGCAUCUCCGACACGCACAACCAGACGCCCAAGCUGCCACAGGGCGACGUGCUCAUCCAUGCGGGUGAUUUGACGAAGCAGGGAAGCAGAACCGAACUAGAGAAGACGGUCAGAUGGCUAGAAGCCGCGGAUUUCGAGGCUAAGAUUGUUAUUGCUGGAAACCACGAUAUGACACUUGAUGCACCAUUUUUCGAGAAGCAUAAUGCACAUCCUUCUGGUCAUAGUAGAUGGCCGGAUACCCGCAGCUCGGAGGACAACAAGAAGCUGUUCACUGAGUCGGGCUCGAUCACGUAUUUGGAGAACGAGGCUGCGACCAUCUAUUUGAACGCUAAAGACGGCCCACAUACCUGCUUCAAGGUAUACGGCAGUCCCUAUGUGCCCAACAAUCGGGACUGGGGUUUUGCGUACAAGCCUGGGACGGGUCGCGAGCUUUGGGAUGCGAUUCCUUCAGACGCCGAUAUUGUGGUAACACAUACUCCGCCGAAAGGCCACUGUGACAAGGCCAUUCAUGAUGAGAGAACUGGGUGUGCGGAGCUUCUGCAAGCUCUUCACCGCGUCCGGCCAAUGAUGUGUGUGUUCGGGCAUAUUCACGAAGCACGUGGUGUGGAAAGGGUGCGGUGGAAUCUCGACUCUCCGCGAAACGGAAGCCUGACGCGAGGCGUCGAGGUUUGGGAGGACCCAGGCACCGGCAAGAAGCAAUCAAUGGUCAAUUUGUCUGCGAGAGGACGUCGUCCUUUGGACAAUCGCAGUGGGUUGACACGUCAGAUCUACUGUCCCAAGCACUUGGCCCAGGACAAGCCCCUCGGUGGGGGCCUGUCAGGUCCGCCUGGCGUCACUCAGCCUUCUGAGAUUGAUUCAACCUCGUACCUCGAGGGCAUAACCGGCGAGAUAAGAAGAGGCGCAAAGUUUAUGCUUGGAGGAGCAAUUGAGCAUCGCCAAGGGGUGGGCUCAGGCGGGGUCAGGCCUGAGCACGAGCCUGACGUGGAGGCCGAUGAGCGGAGGGAGACUGUCAUGAUCAAUGCGGCUUUCUUGGGCCCCCAUCAUCUCAAGACCGCGUUCAACAAACCCAUUGUUGUGGACGUCGAUCUUCCAGUGUGGGCAACGGAAGACGACGCAGAAUGAUGUAGGGGUUCCCCAUCUGGAUAUCUGGGUCGAUCUGUGUUGUCAGAGUCGUACAGAUGGACGAGCUCCGCAAGGGCAGUGACGGACUUUGUGCUGGUGAAGGGCGUCGGGUCCAAGAUGCGCUCAAUCAAGUCCUCACACGUACGUGUACAGUAGUGGUGUUUGAACAGGGCUACGCUCUAUGCGAGCAGGUCGCGAUUGG